GCAGCUGCAUCUGAAUGAAUGUAAUCACUCCCUCCAUUACAUAUUUUUGCCGUAAUGCAUUUCGAACAGCAGCGGUAGCAGCGACCAAAUGCAGCCACUCAGCAUUUCUGCCUAAUGCAUUGCGUGCCAUGUGUCUGCCAUUUUAAACUUUGCAUUCAUGUUUUUGUUGGUCACAUCCAGCCUUAAAGUCAGUGAGAAAGCCUUGCCCUCGGUGUUGCCUAGUUUUGUGGUUGCGUGGAAACUAAACGGCUGCACUCAGUGAGCGAGCCCUGAACUGAGCAUUUCCAGCGGCGCGUGGUGGCUGCCCACAAGAGCGGCUCUCUGCACAAGUUUAACGAGGACCUGAUGGAGGAGAAGCGAAAUAUUGACCGAACCGCCUUCCGGGGAUUUCUCUGAUCCGCCGGAGCAUUUCACUCCCUGACGCUUGCUGAGGAACACACCAUGAAAAGGAGAGGGAAAGCAGCAAAGACGCUCAACAGCUUCUGGGGAGGUUAAUGUGGACUUCACCUCCUGCGCCCAGGUGGUCCUUCCUGGAGCAUGCACGCAUCCCACAAUGUCCCUAAUUGCAGACUGGUUACUGCGCCACUCAGUGGUCACGUGUUUGCUGCUGCACAGCCUGGUGCUUAUGACCUUUUGCUUCCACAAUGCUGCCACCAGUUGCUCCAAGAGCUGUUACUGCUCUGAGAGCGAUACCGGGGGCAAGACGGUCCGCUGCAGCAAUAUGCGGCUCACAGAGAUCCCCCAGGAUAUCCCCAAUGACACACAACGCGUCUACCUGGACUUCAACCUUUUCACUACAGUCCCAACUAAUGCUUUUGUAGGUUUGCCCAACCUAGUUGAACUGGAUCUAUCGCACAACGAAUUGAGCCUGUUAGAACCAGGGGCAUUCAGAGGACUUGGACCCUCACUACAGUUCCUAGACAUUUCUUCUAACAAGUUAGUGAGCUUUAACCCAGAGGCCUUUGAUGGCCUGCGGUCUCGCGCCAACCUAACAAACAAUCCUUGGCAUUGUGACUGCACCUUGCAGAUGGCCUUGCCCCGUGUGGACCUGGAGCCUGCCUCGCUGGCGGGAAUCGUUUGCAAGACUUCAGAUCCUGAGGAAACGGGAGUUCAAGGACUUGCCUUCCUGUUGGCACCAGCCAUAGACCUAUGUGUGGUGAUGAAGAGGACUACAGAUGUGGCCAUGCUGGUGGUCAUGUUUGGCUGGUUCAGCAUGGUAAUCUCCUACCUGGUCUACUAUGUCAGGGCUAAUCAGGAGGACGCCCGCAGACACCUGGAGUAUCUCAAGUCGUUGCCAGGCAUACCGGGCAAAUCAGAGGAGUCUUCUACCAUUAGUACUGUGGUAUAGGUUGGAUGAAACUACACGUGGGACCACUAAACAGGAUGGAGCGACGACUACGUGGCCUUCAUCAAUCUCAGAUGGUUUUGCUCAGCUGUUGUCUCUGAGCCAAGGUGGGCAACAAGACAUGCGCAUCUGCACAAGAAAAACAGGCCGAUGCAACCUAGCCAGAUGAAUAAUUCAUCAUUCAGUGACCCAUUAGGAGUUUCUGCUGACUGAGUUGAUGGUCUGGUGAGUGCACUAAGGGAGUUAAAGCAAAGGCUGUUUUUGGUGAACUCCAAAUAUGGGCUACAAAUGGGAUUUAUCCAAUGGUGCAUACACCUAGAUGCACCGAGCCUACACACAGACAAUAUGAAGCAAACAUCAUUAUGAACGGGAAAAGGUAACACUACAAUGAGGAAAUUCAUGUACAACUGUUUUCCAUUACAACCCUUAUGGUAUCCACCAGUAUAUUCUAAGUAAAAUUAUGUUUUCAAAUUAAAUUGUUGUUUUUUUGAGUUUCUCUUACUGAACUUAGUCAACUGUCUCAUGAAAAAAUACAUACAGUUAUUGAGAAUGUGAAUCACUUUUUAGCAAAUGCAUAUUUAGCUCACUUGGCUGAUGAAUCACAUUGCUGUGUGAUGAAGGGCUCAUUGGUUAUUCUGUGAUGUUUUUGGCAGUAGCUACUGUACCAGAGCUCCAUACUGAUGAGAACCGCAGACCUCCAAGCUGCCUUUGUAUGUUAACAGUGUUUGACAGGAAACUCCUACUAGCUCACAAUAACCUCCAAUUACAUCCCUAAAUUAUCUAUCCAAACACUGCAGUACUAUACACUGCGUAUCAAAAGUUAAUUUAUCAAAUGCCAGUAUGAAGAAACUAGGUUUUUGCGGAGGUAACCUGACAUCACCUGUCACGCCAGUCACCUAGGACUGAUUCGAUUUGAGUCCUGUUGGCUGAUACCAGAAACACACAGCAGCUCUGGAAUUACUCCUCAGCAUAAUAUGCUAAUCUUUAGUCACAAGCCAAUAGCCCUGCAUGCAAUAUCAUGUAAUUGUCAGAUAAGGUUGGUGAGAAGCAGAGAAUUUGAGGUUACUGCAGUUCAGCUGUCAUCAAAUAGAAAGAGAGAGAGAGUAACUGGGAAACAUUUGAUCAUAUUCUGGUUUAAAAAGCCCUUCAGCAAACACUCUCACUCCUUUAUCCAGAGCAAUUAAGGUAACACAGAAGAACCCUUCAUUAUCGUACCUUGUUAUAUAGACAAAUUCUUUAUUUCUGCACCGAUUUUCAUUCGCUAUGAUGCCUUUUAAUAAGCAUGCCUUUGGGAGCCUCGUUGUCAGAUUCAGUCACUCCUAUUGGUUUCCCAAAUAACAUUUAUGAGGCCACGACCUGUGGCUCCAUUUAAAAGACUUAAGGGAUUUAGAUCUCUUAUUUCAACAGACAGAGUAAAAUGCAUUUGUGUCUCUUCCAACGAAGUAGUCGAUAUAAAACUGAGACCUCAAAAAGGGAAAUGUUUUUAGGUUGAGGUGUAAUUUAAUCCACAUGAGACUGCUCUAAGAUACUCUCUUCUGUUCCACAGAACAAGGUCAGAAUAACCCUUUGCAGGCUUCAAUAAUGAAAUUUGAUGUUUGAGAUGUGGGAAAUGGUUUGACAACAAGGAUUUCCCUGUCAGACACACGCAUGCCUUUAGAGCAAGAGCAGUAGUGAUACAUUAUUUAUGAUAGCCACAAAAACACUCGAGCAGAAAGUCUGGGAUUGACCCAUCAUCUUGUGUGACCCAGUUCCUGAGGAGAAAAAAGGGAGUGCCAAAGGGGAUGAGCUGCCCCCCUCUCUGCUGCCUGGCAUACCCUCGCUUGGGUAAAACACUUUCCAAAUGUCCUUGGGCUGCUCAGGGAGAGUCAAGAGCGCUCACAGUGGCAUCCAAAGUCAGCUCCACCUCAUCCUUAAAUCCCCUUCUCUCCCAAAGGUAGCACUCUGUUUUCAAAAGAGUAGUUUGAGAUCUCGGAAAUAUGCAUAUUAGCAACCGCAGGGGGUUGGUUACCAUUAGGACAUUUUAUUUUGUUCGCUUAAGACGUGCUAUUAGGCAGAUUCUUUCUAGAAAGGUUAUCUGUUUCCAGUCUUUAUGCUAAGCUAACAAGCUAAUAGCUCCAGCUUCUUUUUUAGCAUAAAGACAUGAAAGUGAUAUCAAUCUUUUUACAAAAUUCCAGAAUGUUCAACAAUUUCUUUUAAAAAAAAAAACAGAAGAAAAGUCAAAAAGAAACGUUUAGGAGUUAUUUUAUGUUUACUAAAAUAAAGAAGAUGUCAACAGUGUUUGUUAGACAUGUUGUUUUUGCCAUCUGUUCAUCUUGUUGUGCUUGACAGCACCAUAGUUUCUAUUAACAGGCUGAGUUUGUUUGACAAUAUUGAUCUUGACAGAGGUAAUCUUAAGGAAGCAGGUACAGCCACCCAUGAUGAGCAGGAGGUUUAACAGUACUGAAAAAUAGAUGGUAAGCCUCUCUCUUUGACAUUUCCUGACACACACAGCUCCCUCCUUCGCUCUUUCCUCUGAUUACAGGCUCUCACGGUGGCUUUGAAACACAGGACUAGCAACAGAAAUGGCUGACUGUAUUCUGUUCAGCUAAUGUAGGUGGAUGCACACGUUCUUUUGUUCGCCUAUGUACGACAGGUGUGUGUGCCUGGCGGCAGUGAGGGUUCGUGUAAUGUAACACCGCUGUUCCCCAGCACACAUAAAUGUCACUGAGGUUAAUUUAAAUUUCAGACGAGCUCAGUUUGCCCCGCCUGCUACCUUAGACACGUUACACUGGUGUGAGCAUUACAACUGCUGGGUAAUGGGACACAAAGUGGGGGAUAAGGUGACGCAUCCAAUCCCACAGAGCGCAGCCCUGUUUGGGGUUGGGUUGCAGGUGAAAAUGUUUCCAGGCUCUGAGAUCACAUGGGGUCUCCCAGUGAGGGCCUGUCUCAGCACCUGAUUUCCACCUUCAGCCAAAAAAGGUAAGCGACACCUAAGACGCAGCAUCUGAGAAGAGUGACAAGGACAUCCUUGUCAAUAUUUUGUAAAGGUGUCCUUUUUCUGAUGCCCUUGGAAGGGAUGAAACCAAGUCCAAAUGAAUGAAGAAAAGGUCCUGACUUCAGUUAGUGCAACAUGGCUCCCCCUGUUGUGGAGUUUGUGAAUGUGAAGAAAAUAAAUACAUUUCUCCUAAAAAAACAACACGCAGCACAUUCCCUCAUCCUACAGACCUCACUUAAACAUUAAUGUUUCUCAAUAAUGGUAUUAAGCCAUUGGUGGGCCCAAAGGACAUCAGCUGUAGACCCUCACUGAGCCUCCAUGUUGCUGUAGAUUAGUUUGAUUUGAUUAAACUCAAGAUUGUGAAAGUGGAAACAAACCUUUUUAAUUCUCCCAACUAUAGCGUUUCCAAGCGUUAUAUUGUACUGUUGAUCGCUACUGUCCAAAAUAAUAAACAACUAUAUCAAUUCCAAAUAACUAUAAUCCCUGAUCUCAAUGCUUAAAAUAAAGUUAGGGGCUCGUUUGCUGGCUAGAGUAUCCGCAGUUAAAAUGAAUCUGGUUGUUCUGCUACUUGGGAACAGCUAGCUAUUUUGUUGGGUUACCUCUUGGUGAAAUGCUCUUUUGACAGGGAAGUAAUGUAAUCUAUAUGUCUGGGGCUUUUAUUGUAAAAGGAGGUUGCAGGCAGAAUUGCAUAUUGGAAGCAUUACUUGCAGGGAACUAAAUUAAGAGCCACUAGUGUCAUUAUAUCCAGCCAUUAUCUUGUUCAAUCAAUAUUCACUUCCUGAAGAUGAGUUGUUUUCAGUGUAAAGAAUGAGCUGAAGUGCAGGAUCUCCUGAUAUAAUCCCCUAAAAUAUGUCAAAUGUAAAGUUGAAGUGCCUGACCCCAAUGUACAAGUGAAUACUUAUAAAGCUUUUACACAUUAAAUUAAUAUUGCAAUUGCACUAAAGACAUUCAUGAGUGAUUAUUCGUAUACUAUACAUAGCUAAAGCACAAAUGGUGAAAAGGCUGAAAUAUUGACCGGUUUUAACAUAUACACAAUGGCAUAUAUAACUGUUGCACAGAACUUGGAUAUGUAUGUUGAACAUCGCUCUAUGGAUCAUAAAUCUAGAUUCAGAGGUGUGACCUACUUACUAUAUAAUAUAGGUCAAGAUUGUUAUUUUGGAUAUACCCUCAGGGAUUUAUCAUCUUUUGGGAAUUCUGUAAAAGCAAACUGUUAAUAUAAGGAAUGCAUGAUUAAUUUCUCAUUAAUAGUUUCAUGUAUAGAUCGCAAUCUGAAUAUGUGCCCAAAUAUGUAACUGGCUUGUUUGAAAGGUGUCUUGUAUGCGAUUUAUAUUGCGUCAUAAAUCAUGUCAUUGU